AUGUCCUCUCAGCCGCUGCUCCAGACUGCACCAGGCAAGCGCAUCGCCCUGCCGACCCGCGUCGAACCCAAGGUCUUCUUCGCCAACGAGCGAACCUUCCUGUCAUGGCUCAACUUCACCGUCAUCCUCGGUGCCCUGGCCAUUGGCAUGCUCAACUUUGGCGACCGGGUGGCGUUCAUCUCGGCCUUCCUCUUCACGGGCGUCGCCAUGCUGACGAUGAUAUACGCGCUGAUGACGUACCAUUGGAGAGCGAAGUCUAUACGAGUUAGGGGCCAGGCCGGCUUCGACGACCGGUUUGGCCCAACCUUCCUGGCCAUCAUCCUCUUGUUGGCUGUUGUGGUCAACUUUGUCCUGCGCAUCACGGAUCAAUCCAACAAGCAGAAGCACGGUUAG